AUGGGUGCCGAGUGUAGCACUGUGACAGUGAACAAAGUGGAGCCUGACCUUUGCUGGAGCCGUCAUUCAGGCGAAGCAGCAAACUCCGGAAGGAAACGUGAAGAUUUCAAGAUGAGCAGAUUGAGCAGAAUGGAAACUACGGCAGACAUCACCAACUCGGGAUUUAUUCCCGAUGCAAGAACUCCCUCGGUGCAUGUCAUCCUGCCGCGAAGUAACAUCAAGGCGAAGACAAUGCCUGCUGCCUUUGGAACUUGCGCUGAGUCCUUUGGGGCCACUCUCCCCUUUGGAGCUGGCUCAGGCCAACAUGAUGCAAGCCUUUUUCCGAGCUCUGUCAGCACAAGCCUCGCAAGCACUCGGGCCAGUUCCUUGGAAGAUGAAGGAAAUUUGAGGCAAGCAUGCUCAAUGUCCAUGAGCAGCCAGUUGAGCCAAAUGUGCCGGGUGAAUCCCGCUGAUGUGAUCCUGAAGAAGGAACUCUGCACCACAUGCAAGAGCACGGUGUCCAUUGCGAGCUGGCAAGGGCGAUUUGUGGCUGCAAAGCAAUUGAAGAUGGACACGCAGUGUAGCCAGGAGGAGAAUGAGCUGAAGAUGAAGGAUUUGAUGAAUGAAAUUCAAGUUCUCAGCGAGCUCAGUCAUCCAUGCCUGGUUCAACUCAUUGGCGCAAGCAUUGACGUCAGGUCGCCAAUUCUGCUCACAGAAUUGAUGGAGAACCAAGAUGUUGAGACCUACAUGCUCAAGCAACGUAUCGCUUCCGUGGAUGGAUUCUGGAAGCCACGAUUUGCUUUGGCAAUGCGUUGGGCUUUGUCCACUGGUGCAGCCCUGGCUUAUUUGCAUGGCCGAGAGCACCCGAUCAUCCACAGGGACUUGAAGCCGUUGAAUAUGUUCCUGACAAAGGAUUUGGAGGUGAAGAUUGGUGAUUUCGGUUUGGCAAAGGUGAUGCCAUCGAGGCUGUAUGCAUGUACAGAUCAAGCACCGAAGAUGUCUGGAGGUGUUGGUACCUGGAGGUACAUGGCUCCGGAGGUUGUUCGGUAUGAACAGUAUGACGAGAAAGUGGACAUCUAUGCUUUCAGCUUGAUUAUUUACUUCAUUUUUUCAGGAAGGCAGCCUUUCUACUCGUUCGGAAAGGACCCUAGAAUGAUUUUGCGCGCGUACCGAGCAGGUGAGGAGCCUCGACCCUCGUUGAACUCUUCCGUGGGAACACGGGAGCUCCGUCACUUCCUGUCUGAGGCAUGGCAUGUAAAUGCCUAUGACAGGCCCUCAGCGCAGGAGUGUGUUCAGAGGCUCUCCGUCAUGGAACCGCCAAGCCUGAGGAAGACUAUGAAAGACUUGGCAUCGAUGUUGAAGAACAAGUCGAAGAGAGCUCGUCUUAUAAAUAUUGUUGACCCACGACCGCAUAUGCUAUGCACAGAGCUAUGGUGAAGACCAACAGGUGCAACAUGUUGACCGAGAUGAGAUGAGAUGAGAUGUAGUUUAGUCGGGACAGUGAGUCAUCAGAUCCAUCGCAAGAUGCAACACAAAACCUGCAAACACCUGCCUAGCAGAUUCACCACAGCAUGGCAAUGCGAAGAUACCAUUCGUACUGGAAUGGCGCUCAAUUUUCAGUGCGUUUUUUUCUGCAUUUUUGCAUCCGCGUGAGCGAAAACUGCGGUAGCCACUCAGUCAUGGUGGUCUAUUUGUAAAGUGCCAGAGGCAAGAUGCGGCAGGAUCGCGGACUGAUGAGUUGCAUCCUGCAACCUUUUUGCUUCGGCUCCACCAAAGCAGUGACUGUGGGCUUCCAAGUGUUCAAUUCGACCCUAUGUGAAGCCCGGGUUGUGUACCGGACUUGGGCACAGUGAAUUUCUGCACCUCACUCUUCCCAGUCUGCUUGCGAAAGCAACUUGCAAGUAGCAUGAAAGUGACCAAGCAAAGCCAGCAUACCCAGCCCACCUUCGAAUCCCCUUCGGGGGACCUGUAUAGAUGUGUUGGCGGCUUGCGGAAGCGAACCUCCCGGUUUCUCGGUCUUUCCGAUCGGGCACUUGGGACCCAUGAGC